AACAAUGGAUUUCCUUUUCGAUUGGUUAAAAUAAGACCGUGCGGCUUGCACAUGUUUAUUGAUACGUCCACAUGUUUGUCUAUUCAGGUUAUUAUAUGAAUACACGAUAUUUAUAAAUAUAAUUUGUUCUCGAAUUAUUUGCUAUAGUACUAUUUCUGGUUCAGUGUUUAGAUCAGAAGUUACUUGCAUACAUACCAUUGAAUUGAAUCUCGAAUUUGCAUGCUUACUACAAAAUGGCUGAAGCUGUUCCAGAAUACAUUGAUUUUCCUAAAACCGAGGAACAAACUUUAAAAUUUUGGAAGGAUAUUGAAGCUUUUAAAAAUUGUUUGAAGCAGUCUAAAGGAAAGCCAAGGUACACAUUUUAUGAUGGCCCACCCUUUGCUACUGGUCUUCCACACUAUGGCCAUAUUCUUGCAGGAACUAUUAAAGACAUUGUAACUCGAUUUGCCCAUCAGACAGGACAUCAUGUGGAGAGACGUUUUGGAUGGGAUUGUCAUGGACUUCCAGUGGAAUAUGAGAUUGAUAAGACUUUAGGCAUUAAAGGCCCUAGUGAUGUUGAGAAACUUGGCAUAGAAAAUUACAACAAUGAAUGCAGAAAGAUUGUGAUGCGUUAUGCUUCGGAAUGGGAGACAAUUGUUAGUCGCAUGGGAAGAUGGAUCGAUUUCGAAAAUGACUACAAGACUUUGUACCCCUCAUUUAUGGAAAGUGUGUGGUAUGUUUUCAAGCAGCUCUACAAUAAGGGACUUGUGUAUCGUGGAGUAAAGGUGAUGCCAUUUUCAACAGCUUGUAGCACACCCCUAUCUAAUUUUGAAUCAGGCCAGAAUUAUAAGGAGGUGGUGGACCCUGCAGUGAUUGUCAGUUUCCCAUUAGACAAGGAUCCUAGUGUUUCUUUAAUUGCCUGGACCACCACUCCUUGGACAUUGCCAAGCAAUAUGUCUAUUUGUCUCAAUCCAGAUGAGGACUAUGUCAAAGUCAGAGAUAACUCAACUGAAAAGGUAUAUAUAAUGAUGGAGGCCAGAUUAGAGGCUUUGUUCAAGAAUGAGUCUGAAUAUACUGUCUUAGAAAAGUUCAAGGGUAAAACUUUGGAGGGCUGUGGUUAUGAACCCCUCUUUCCAUAUUUUAAACAGUACAAAAGUCGCGGUGCAUUCCGAGUAUUGUGUGAUAUGUAUGUUACCAGAGAAAGUGGUACUGGGGCUGUUCAUCAAGCACCUUACUUUGGGGAGGAUGAUUACCGUGUAUGCUUAGCCAAUGGUGUUAUCACCAAGGAUCAAGAGAUAGUAUGCCCUCUUGAUUUAAGUGGACAAUUUGUAGAUCCUGUCAUUGAUUUCAAAGGACAGUAUGUAAAGGAUGCUGAUAAAAAUAUUAUCAAACAUCUUAAAUCUAUAGGGCGUCUAGUCCAUCAAAGCACUACCAAACACAGUUACCCAUUUUGUUGGCGUUCUGAAACACCACUUAUCUAUCGUGCUGUGCCUUCCUGGUUCAUUCGAGUGGAACACAUGAGGGAUCAGCUGGUUGCUUCUAACCAGGAAACUUACUGGGUUCCUGAUUUUGUAAAAGAAAAAAGAUUUGGCAACUGGUUGAGUGAAGCAAGAGAUUGGGCUGUAUCACGGAACAGAUACUGGGGCACACCCAUUCCUCUUUGGAUUAGUGAUGACGGAGAAGAAGUGGUUUGUGUUGGCUCUAUUGAAGAACUGGAAAAAUUGACUAAUCAGAAAAUCACAGAUAUUCACCGGGAAUCUGUGGAUGGAUUGACCAUUCCUUCAUCUCGAGGCAAGGGCCCUUUGCAUCGAGUCCGUGAGGUAUUUGAUUGUUGGUUUGAAAGUGGAAGCAUGCCUUAUGCACAGGUUCAUUAUCCUUUUGAAAAUGUCAAAGAAUUCAGUGAAGGUUUUCCAGCUGACUUCAUUGCAGAAGGAGUAGAUCAAACUCGUGGGUGGUUCUACACUCUGUUAGUGAUUUCCACUGCAUUAUAUGGAAAAGCUCCUUUUAAAAAUGUUAUUGUGAAUGGAUUAGUAUUAGCAAGUGACCGACAAAAAAUGAGUAAGCGUAAGAAAAAUUAUCCUGAUCCAUUGGAAGUCGUUAAUAAAUAUGGAGCAGAUGCUCUAAGGCUGUAUCUGAUUAAUUCUCCUGUUGUGAGAGCUGAAGUUCUAUGCUUUAAAGAAGAAGGUGUGCGUGAUAUAUUAAAAGAUGUAUUUCUUCCAUGGUAUAAUUCUUAUCGAUUCUUAGUUCAAAACAUUCAUAUGUAUGAACAGAAUUGGAAUGCUAAAUUCAUAUACUCUGAAGAAAUGCAUGACAAUGUGAAUACUGAGAAUCUAAUGGAUUGUUGGAUUUUGUCUUUUACCCAGAGCUUGGUAGCGUUUGUUUCCAAGGAAAUGAAAGCUUAUCGUUUGUAUACUGUUGUGCCUAGGUUAGUGAAGUUUGUAGAUCAUCUUACCAACUGGUAUGUGCGCAUGAACAGGAGAAGAUUGAAGGGUGAUGGUGGUCAAGAGGAUUGCAAAACAGCUUUGGAAACUCUAUUUUCUGUUCUUUACACAAUGAUCAGAAUGAUGGCACCUUUCACUCCUUUCUUUACUGAACAUGUCUAUCAAAACUUAAGAAAAGUUCUGAAAGAAACAAAUGAUCAUCAAGAAAGUAUUCACUACUUGACUUUCCCUCAACACAAAGAACAGUUUAUCAAUGAAGAGGUAGAAAGGAAAGUUUCUCGAAUGCAAGAAGUAAUUGAUAUAGGACGUUUAAUUCGAGAAAGAAACACUCUGCCCAUCAAAUAUCCUCUAUCAGAACUUGUGGUUGUACAUGAAGAUUCACAGUAUUUGGAUGAUGUUAAAUCUCUGGAAAGGUACAUUGUGGAGGAAUUGAAUAUUAAAACCUUGACUGUUACAAGGGAAAAGCAGAAUUAUGGUGUUGUUUUACGGGCUGAACCUGAUGUUAAGGAAAUAGGAAAGAAGUUCCGUUCUGAGUCCAAAGCAAUCUCCCAGGCUGUGAAAGAAUUAAAAAGCCAAGAUCUUCAACGCUUUAUAUCUGAAGGUGAAAUAACAGUAUGUGGUCAGACACUGGGACAGAGUGACAUUAGGUUGAUGCACAGCUUCAGUGGAGAGAAAGCUGCUGAACUUUCUCAGAAGUACCAAGUUCAUUCAGCAGGAGAGGUUCUAGUUCUGUUGGAUGUGACUCGUAAUCAAGAGAUGGUAGAUGAAGGCACAGCUAGGGAAGUCAUCAAUCGUGUUCAAAAACUUAGGAAAAAGGCUCAUCUGGUACCAUCUGAUCCAAUUUGUGUUUAUGUUGGUGUGAAACCCCUUACCCAUAAUCUGGGUAAAGUUGUAGAAAAUUUCAAAGACUUCAUCUCUAAUACUCUGAAGGUUCCUCUUCAACCAUUACCUUCUGAAACACCUAACAAUAUAAUUAUUCAAGAAACAUCACAAAUCAAAGAUGCUGCUUUAGAUAUAAUUAUAUGCACAGCAAAUGGCUCUCCCCCACCUAAUCAGCAUACAAACUCUGAUGGAGAUAAAAGGAAAAAAUUAAAAGUUGAUCAAGAGAAUGGUGAACCAUUUUGCAAAUUUGUAAACAUUGAGCUUUGUGAUGUUGGUACUUGUUCUGUGUUGCUAGAAAAUCCAAAAGGAAAAUAUAUCUUAACAAGUGAUGCUCUUUCUCGUCAAGUUCAAGUGGUGUUUGGAAUUCAUGGAAAGCGUCCACAGUUAUACUUGACUUCUGAUAAAACUCAACCCAUUGAAAAGAACUUAUCUGAACAGGAAGUCUUAAAAUUGCACAAAAGGACUUUAUAUGCUUAUUUAAGUUAAACAAUAGUAUAGUAUUAAAUUUUUUGCUGAUG